AUGAAAUCCCUUCAGGCAGACGAUCUCCCCACGGCAGUACCUUGUGCAGACGACACUUGUCGACGCAACUCGCACAUUCGUCGGUCACGUGAUGGAUCUGUUGAGUGGCUGAAAACUCUGCGAGCACCCGAUAUCGUCCCGCUGGAACACCUUUCAGACCCCAUGUCUGCAUCUUUUGACGCGCCUAGACAAGUAUUGAACAGGUCCGGUACACAGCGUCUUUCUUUCUGGCAGGUAUUCGGACUGCUUGGCAUCCCGAUGCUGCUUUUUCUCGUCAUGUCGAUCGUCUGGACAGCGUGGUUGAUCAUUUUGACUCUAGCGCCGAACGAGACGGCGAAUUAUUUGAUGCAUACUGGCGACUACGAUGACGGGCAUUUCUGGUUACUGGCAGAACAGGAAAUUGGGAUUAAAUUUGCCAGAAUUGGUGGGUUAAUGCUGGCCGUGGUGGGUUAUCUCCAUAUUAUGGUCAAGAUGCUGGUUUGGCGUACUGUUCCAGCUUCUUUUGAGGUCAAAACGGGAGGAGUCCGGAAGGCCAGUAUUGAGAACAAGAAGGUAGUGAUGCCCACUCGACGACGAAGUAUUACUCUAGAAGGACUUUGGUAUGAGCUCACUAGUAUCAACGGACCUUAUCGAAAGUUUUGGAAUUUAGCGCACAAAACAGCAGAUUUGAUAACACAAAUUAUUCUGCUGAGCAAUUACCUAGAACAAGGAUUUCCAGACAUCCUGGUGUACGGGUGGGUGGCUUUCAUUAGCUGCAACUGCUUAUCCUGUGCCUUAAACAUCCUACUCAACAAACACUCGGCAUUGACAGAAAUCCUCGUGGAUUCCAUAUUUGAUCUCAUCGCUACGAUCGUUUAUCCUAUUUUGAUUCUCAUCUAUUGCUACCACAACUUCCAGUUUGAUCAUGAAGUUUUCCGUACGUACGUUGAAGUGCUGCCCCCAGGAAGCUUCGAGAUCAUCGCUCGGCUGCAUAUCGAAGGCAAGCAAGGAAGCGAGAACUUGGUGUAUCUUCCCAGCGACCUGUUUAGCAAUAUGCCGCAAUUGUUAUUCCUACAUUUGGCUCUGCAUCCAUCACUUAGAACCCUCCCAGCGCUCGAUGGCACCCCAAAACUCCAGACACUUGAGCUAGCUCAUCUGUUCGGACUAUCCAGACUCCCCGACCUGGACAAGACGGUGGAUCUACAUGGAAUUGUGAUCGCGUAUCUUCCUCUACUCGAAACAUUACCGGAUCUUCUAAAGUUGAAGCAUCUCGUCAGCGUCACUGUGUUUCGUCCCAGCUUCCUUUGCUGCAAUGGCUAUCUCGGGUCUUGCGACCUAAACCAUCCAUUCUGUGACGCCGAUAAUGCUUACGGAUUCCCUGCAGCAAUGUGUCUAACAGAUAAUAAACUUCAAGCUAGCUCGGCGAUGGUAAAGUAUCUGGAAAAUUUCGGUCCAGCCGUUUGCUACAAGACACCCGACAGCCUGCUCGAAUUCGCAGACAUCCCAACUAAAGCCUCAGUGGACAUGUGUGGAGGUGUUCCAUACCGACGAUGUGAUAUUGUAGACCCAGUCACCAACGAAAUGUUCGAGGGUUUGUGUUAUAACCUCAGAAUGCAAGUGUUGUCGUGCAAUCCCGACCCCCACAACAUCGAGGUACGUAAACUACAAAUCCGAUUGAACGUUGGCACGCCGUGUGACCCCGUCGAAGAAGCGUGGCUUGGGUGCACCGAUAAGAGGUGAUCUUUCUACAUUGCCUAAGCAAUGUUUAACAGUAGGUUAUUUUUUAAACUUGGAAG